AUCUCGUGAAAGCAGCCAAUAACCCUUCCACUUUCUGAAGAAAUCAAUGAACACAUCACAAUUGACAAAUCGCGACCAAUACAACGAAACUUUUCGGAAACAGUUCAUGGAAACAACAUAUUUAAUUUAAGUUCAUCUGCCGAACACUUCUUGUAUCAAUGUCUCGCUCAGCAUCCAAAGUUAGAGCAGAGAAAAGUCGUGCUGCUCCUGCUCCUGUGCUCCCACCACCCUCACCAACCCACCAUGUUGACAGAGCCAGCAUUGUUCCAGGCCACCUCACCAAAUCUGAAUGGAUGGAUAUGGUGGAACAGGAAGAGGGAGAGGAGGUGGUGGCAGAGCUUCUGGACGAGCUAAUGUGCAGAGUGAUGGAGAAGUGCUACCAGGUUUACCUACAAAGACAGCUGGUACCAUUCACAGUGUCCUGGGCACAGCAUUCACUGGUUCAGACAUUGGAAUGGCAGUUCCUGGUACGGGACGAUGGUGACGGGCAAGACCAUGCCCCUUUCUGGGAACAGGACAGUGAGCCUCCACCUUGCGAAAUUGAUUCCUGGGCACAGGGCUGUGUACCUGUUGUACAUUCCAGACCCAUACCAAAAAAUAUCCCCCUACAGAGAUCAGCGGAGCUCCCUCUGGCAGAUGCUGCAAAUCCAGGUAGUCCACAGGCCAAGAAUAUAUCCCAAUCAGAGAGGAAGGAGGAUCAUUCUGACUGGUACCCCUGUAAAGAGGACAAGAAUCAGAAUGGCUGUGAGGGACAUGCAGGUUUGAAACCAAGAAUGCUGAUCCCAUGCCCGCCUUCAAAAAGAGAGGACAAGAAGAAGCAUCCUCUGCCAAACUGCCCUGUAAUACAGGCUCCCCAGGGCAGGAACUCUCCCUGUGUCUCCAUGGGGCCUAUCAGCCACUCAAUUAACAUGGAGGAGCAUCCCAUCCCAAAGGAACAGACCAUCUAUGUCUCCAAAUACAAACGUGCCCAGAAGCACUCGGACCUCUCUGCAGUGAAGAGGCUUGACGCUGCCCGCCUUGUCCGGCACCAAGUCUUGCCAGGGUUUGAGGUUCUAGAGUCUCAUGUGUCACAGCUACCCAUUGGAAAGUCUUCUGUCCCUCUCAUACCACGUCAGAAACAGGAUAAGCAUAACACAAAGCUGCCAGCUGCUCUCAAACCACCAACCAAUUCUCAGAUGCCUCACAAAGUCCGCCGUAGGAGUACAGUAGAUGGAGCCCUUUGGCUUUCCUCCAGAAAGAGAAACAUCCAGGAUGUGGGCCAGUCCCUGGGCUCCAUGCCCCUCUCUGCUGGCCUUCUACUGGACACCAUGGUGUUGUCCCCAGGAGUAACCCUCAAAGACCCCCGCAAAGUCCAUACCAACACUUAUGAAAUGCGUCUGUCCCAGACUGGCCAAAGAGCAAAUUUAGAACCUAUCAGAAGCAGCCUGCCAACUCCACUCUUCUCUAAGGACCAGCUGAUGUCAGGAUAAUCCAUAUGUGCUGCCCUGGCUGGACACUGCCCAGUGAUUAAAGUGAUAGACUGAAGCUGAUUUACGCCAUAUUGGUUUUGUCUUACAUUCAAUAUGGUACUAAUAGCUUUCAUGGUCAAAGUAUGGGGAAAAAAGUAUAUUUUUGUUAACAUCUUUUUGUAAUAAUGCCUCAGAUGUACUUUCCUAAAACAAUGAAAAUUAUGAAAAGACUAAUUAAAUUCUAAUUUCUGAUA